UUUUUUUUUUCUUGUAACACACAGGCCUUAAAUAUAUCUACAUGAGUGUGUGUAUGUACAUUAUGUAUGCACGGUGUACUACUAUGGACUGGCAUCUCAUCCGGGAUGUAUUCUCACCUUGCGCCAGUGUUCCCAGGAUAGACUCCAGAUCCACCUCGACCCUGGAUGAAGCAGUUACAGAACUGAUGACACAAAGAUUGUUGGAUGAAAAGAAAAAAGCGAUGAGAACCAGCUCAUCUUCACCGCCACUGCACGUACAUGUGAAUGAAAGCACACCUGUACAUGUGCAUGUAAAGAAGGGCAUGAAGAACAUCCCUAUAAAGCCAGCACAGGUUAAGGCGAAAGGCUGCUUACGUCCAACUGCUAAAGUUAAGACAAGAGUCCCAUGGAUUCCUCCGGGCAAAGCUUCAACACGAGAUACAUCGUACAAGUGGGAGGGUGCGAGCCAUCGCUUGGAGAUCACCCCCCUACCUGAGCCAGAACCUUCGCGCUCCGCUCUCCGUUUGGAAGACCUCUCCACUGAUGAGGAGGAAGCUCUUCACGGCCGCAUCAACCAGUACGAGAGGAAGAUCGAUAGCCUGAUGACCGAGGUCAGCUCACUGAAGAAUGAAGUGGAGCUGCGUAAGAAGGCACAGCAGCUAGAGCGUCAGUCUGAGAGGCUAAGCGUCUCACAGCGUGUCAUCGCCGAGCAGGAGGAGGAGCUAGCCGAGGUCGCCAAGGAGCUAGAAAUCACAGAGCGAGAGAACACACUCCUCCGGGAGUCCAUGGAGAAAAUACUGGAGGAAAACAACUACGGCAGGUUGGAGAGAGAAAACCUGCAGCAAGAGAAGGAUGUUCUGCUCAAGAAGCUGCUGGAGGCAGAACUCGACAGCACUGCAGCUGCCAAGCAGGUCCUGGCUCUCCGAGACGCUGUUGGCCGUAUGUCCAGGACUGAGAAGAGGAUGACGGGCUCGGACUCUUUGUUGCUGGCCCGGCAGAAGGAUCUCCUCUUGCAGAAAUUGGACACGUUUGAGAGAACGAACCGAACACUGCGCCGCCUCCUGAGGGAGCAGCAUGAGCGUGAGAUGGACUCACUUCAACUGCUGGAGCAGAAAGACUCUCUCCUGAAGAGGAUCACUGAAGUCGAGGCAGAAAACUCUCAUCUUCAGAUGAAGCUUCAGGAUAAAGAGAAAGAAGUCGCUGACCUUGCCUGCCUUUUAGAGAACGAGAAGGAUCAUGUGAAGACCACGAGCGAACUAUCCAAGUCCCUAGAAUCGACUCGAGCUCAUCUGCAGGGCCAACUACGCAACAAGGAAGCAGAAAAUAACCGCCUUUCAGUCCAGAUUAAGAACCUGGAGCGAGCAGCUGGUCAGCAGCAGGGAGAGCUGGAGCACGUGCAGGCGCAGAUGCGGGAACUGAAGCAGCGGGCUGAGGUGGAUAAAGAGGCACUGAAGAAAGCCACACGGGCACUGAAACAGAGAGCAGAGCGCAGUGAGGACACCGCAGGACACCUCAGUGCUCAGCUGACCGAAAUGGAAGCCCGGCUGGCAGAUGCGGUUUCAACUGCAGAGAACUGGAGCAGUCGGCACGCAAAAGAACUGAAGGAAAAAGGCCAGCUGGAGGUGGAGAUCACACUGCUGAACAGCCGGAUCACAGACCUGACGGAGCAACUGCAUGCACUUGAGGAGAAAACCCGAGCGGAGAGAGACGGGCUUCUGGACCGGCUGCACAGUAUGACCACAGAGAGCACCACAGUCAGACUGGAGAACCAGAACCUAAAGGCAACUUUGUCUGCACUGGAGGAGAAACUGUCUCUGUCCCGGUCCGAGGUGGAGCAGGUCAAAGCCUCAGUGAAGCAAUAUGAAAGCUUAGUGGACAGCUACAAGAUUCAGCUGCAGAAGACACGUGCCGAAGCAGAUGAGUACAGUGUGCAUGCUCAGCAGGCAGAGCGGGAGGCCCGGGCUCUGAGAGAGGAGCUGGAUCAGGAACUAGAUCAGGCCCGGAAGCAGCUGAUUGGCCGCCUGAGUGAGCUUGAGCCAUUACCUGAUGCCCUGCGCCGCACCGAGCUCCAACUGCAGGAGGCACACGAGAAAGAACGUGUACAGGAGAGGAGGAAUGCUGAGCUCACAACGGGUCUCGCUGAGCUACGUGUUAAGGUGGAACAGCAGAGUGCUCAGAUGGACAAGGUGCAGCAGAGGAAUACAGUGCUAAUGGAGGAGAAUAACCAGCUCAAGCACAAAGUGGAGUCCCUGGACAGGAAGUUGGAGGAGGCCAGCUCUCAGAACGGAGAUCUUCUGCAAAUGAUAGCAAAGCGAGAGGAGACCAUACUUCACAACCAGGUGCGAUUGGAGGAGAAGUCUCGCGAGUGCAACACUCUGAACCGGCAGCUAGAAGAGGCACUAGAGGACGCCAGGCGACAGGUGUCCAAUUCGAGGGAGCGAGCUGCGUCUAAAGAGCGAGCCUCUCAAUCCAAAGUGAUCGAGCUGGAGACCCAACUGAGCCGAACCACUUCUGAGCUCAAUCAGCUGCGGCGAACCAAAGAUGAGGCAGAGAGGAGGUACCAGAGUCGUCUGCAGGACGUGAAGGACCGUCUGGAACAGUCUGACAGCACAAAUCGCAGUCUUCAGAACUAUGUGCAGUUCCUCAAAGCCUCGUAUGCUAGUGUGUUCGGGGACACGACCCUCAGUAGCACCUCAUUCAGAGCUCACUCAGCCAUCUGACACCCUGUACACUUCACACACACACACACACACACACACACACACACACACACACUCUCUCUCUCUCUCUCUCUCUCUCUCUCUCUCUCUCUCUCUCUCUCUCUCUCUCUCACAGUCUGGUGUAUAUUUUUACCUGCAUCAGUUGUGGGUAAGAACCAAAGUAAGACUCGACUCUAAUCUUCUUGGAUCCUUACGAUCAUUAUAAUUAUUCCUAAUUAUAUUUUAUAUAGCGCUCCAUAUUCGAGCCCUAGAUAAAUGACAGGGUUCACUAUUGGAUGCUGCAGCGGUGCUUACUUACCAGAAGUAAAUGUUCCUCAUAGACUUCCAUUACAUUUCAGUCAUUUUUAAGAACAUGAUUUGUCUGAUUAUAAACUUCUGAUUAUUAUACUAUAUGUAUAUAUAUUUUUUUUAAAUUUGACCAUCUUUAUUCUAAAACCCCAAGUUGACCACACAAAGUCUUGUAGUUUCUUAUAAACUUCUCCAAACUUCUGUUGCUACUGGUUUUCUUCAGCCUGGCUGAAUUUCUUCAAAUAAAUAAAAUAAUGAGCCUUUCCUAAGAUUCUGAAGGAAAAAUCUACCCUGAAUGACUUCCAUAUUAACAAACUAACACAAAUUUCAACAGCGUCCAAAACAUAUCUUGUAAUGAAAUUCCGAGUUGACUUUUUUUUUUUUUCUUUUCGUUUAGACCUCUUUCAUCAGCAUGUUGGUCUGUUUUGACUUUGAUUAAUAGUUUCCUAUAUUAUCCAAAAUGCCAUUUAACUACCUGCUGAUAAUGGUGCAGGGGGACUUAGCCCUCACUUCAUCUCUACCUAAAGAGAGCAAUGCAGCAGUGCUUUAGUGUUUCCAGCUCUCCCACCUCCUCAUGUGUGCACUCUGCUCAAACAGCUCAGCUCCCAAAGUUGACGCUGUCAGCUCCAUCACACUUGUAAUCACAUAGAUCGUUAAUGAGCCAAUCCGAGUCUCUGACAGCAUAACUGUGUUGUAUUGCACGGCAUUGCGUUUGCUUGUCUCCGCUACGACUACAUUGGAUUUCUCAUUAAUAUGAGGUGGAAAGUGGUGAGUCAGAAAAGAAGCUCUUGUGGGAGCAAAACAGCAAAAACUGACUUUUCACUUGUUUGAUUUGGUUUUUUUCUUCCUAUUAAUUGGCAUUAUAGCUGCGUUUACAAAGUCUCUCUGUGACAUUAGCAUAGCACUCAGCCAGACCGUACACGAUUUCACUGAGUUAUUUUGUGAUUGUCGUGUUCAGAAAUGCUUGAUUUUUUUUGUUGCGACUUUUUUCAGAAUUUGCGAUGCAAUUUUUUAUUUUAUUUUUUUUUGCGGUGCUUUUUUCUGGGAAACUACUUGAAUCGGUGAAAUCGCAAUUGCACAAAAUUGUUUCGCAGUGAUGUUUCUUGCUAAAUGUGACCUUUUAGCUGUACUCGCUGUACACGUGAAUCAAAGAGGGCUUUGGCUGAAUGCGUGUUGUGGUGAGUCUUGACCCAAAUCUGCUGAAAAUCUGCAGUGAUUUUGAAAAAUUGCAAGCUCGCCCAAAUAUCGCAGAGUUUGCUUGAUUUUGCGUUCAUUUCUGCAAUCGCAAAAUCCUGGAGGGACCGCACAGGGGAUUGACCUUCGAAUGGCACAACAGAAAAGCGUUCACCAUAUCAUGAAGAUGCAAGUUCAAUGCCACUGCCUUCCGAGGCAAGCGAGUAAAAUUAGCCGUGCUCUCUGGGUGUGAGAGAUAGCAUUUCUCGCUCCCCUGUCAAUCAGGGCGACACUAACCAAUCGUAGGCAUCUGUGAACUGUAUGUAUACACAUGCAUGUAUAUGGAAGACGGCAGAGUGUUCAGCUGCCCUGUGAUGUAGCACGAGCAACAGUUUGAAAAAAUGCAGUUGGCUGGCUUCAUGGGUCUUGGAGGAAGCACAUGGUAGUGUUUACCCUCCCUGGUUGGUAGCUCUUAUGUGAUUGGUGAGAGGUGAGUGUGAAUUGUGAAUAAUCAAAUUAGUGAGGAAAUUGUUCAUGAUUUUUUUAAUACACCAACCAACAAAUUAUCACCAGUUUAACUAAACACAUCACAAAUAUUUCAAUCAAAACAUAUCCAUUGUGUGUCACAGUGGAGUUUUCCUUAAAUGCGACCAGCACAUGGUUCUGUAGUGCGCAGACUGGAGAUCUCAUCCAAGGGUGCUACCAUUUUUAUAUGACACUAUUUACUCAGUUAUAACUGUUUGGAGUUCUAUGUGCACUUUUGUUGCUAUAGACAGUAAUUAUUUAUCUGUUUGUCAUUCUAUCAAAUAACAAGCAACAGCGUUAGCGUAUUUGUGUUUUAUACAUAUGAAAUGUUUACAUUUUUACUGAUUCAUCUGUAAAACAUAAGUAAAACCUUUUAAACAGUA